UAACCUUUUGAUGCAAUGAAAUACUUUCAAGUAAUGUUUAAUCAUCAGGUUAGCAAAUAUAACAUACAGCUAGAAUUGUAAUCCACUUAUAAAGCAUCAUAUUAAAAAUACUGUUAUACUAAGUCUCUCCAAGACAUGCUCUACCUCAUUUCUCUCAAAAAAGUAUUACUAAAACAGAAUUUUGCAGUACUUUUACUAACAGUAGCUGCACUAGCUACAUUUGCCGUUUAAUCUGUACAAAACCACAUUCCUCCUCUUGACAUCUUGAAGAUCAGUGGAUCUUAGGGUGCUAGUACAAAUUUAUACAUUUCUGUUGUGCUACAAAGUGAUCAGUCCGGUGCAGUGACUCAGUGACAGAACCACGAAAGAAUAUAGAAACCCUUAAUACUGUAGAUUUUGUGCAUAUCGACUGCUUUGUUUGUGUGGUAAAGCGGCUUCCCUGUCCUUACCGUAAACUCCACAUAAAUUACAAUCUUUGCAACUGACAUAAAAGACAAUGUGAAAUUACUUAUUGCACACUGUUACACCUUGUAAUAGGAAAGACUCCCAUGAGGCUGAUUCUCUGGUAGAGCCCUAACAUAAUCAUACACGAUAUUAAAACUGGUUACUUUAGAAACUGCAACAUUUGAGCGUGAUCUUAAGCACAUUAACUACGUAAGCGCCUAGGAAAACAGAGGAGGUACGGGAAGUACCUCUGACUGUUUGGUCACCACAGAGAAUCCGUUCUGCCCUUGUCAAGCCUUAAUUCAUCAGGUGCGUGGAGGAAAGAUCUCUGCUAGAUCUGUUUGAAUUAUGGAAAUGGACUCCAUCUGGAGGUUUACGGUCGAAAGUACAGGACUGAUAUGGUGUCUCAUAACCACAGUCUGCUCAGACAGAAGCGUGAAUGGACGGUCCCCCCUGCUUUCAUACGGGAGGAGGAGGACAACUCUUACAAGAAUCCAAUUGCUAAAAUACAUUCUGAUCUUGAAGAGACAGGGAUAGUGGUAACUUAUACUAUAUCUGGUCAAGGAGUAACAGAACCCCCUUAUGGAUUGUUUAUUAUCAAUGGAAAGACUGGGGACCUGAACAUAACAGGAAAGGUUGACCGAGAAAAGACUCCAAUGCUGCUUGUCAGAGGUCAUGCGCUGGAUAAAAAUGGAGCAAAACUGGAAGAGCCAAUAGACCUCCCAAUUAAAAUUGUGGAUAUAAAUGACAACUCCCCAGUUUUUUCACAUGAAUUUUUUGUUGGUUCAAUUGAAGAAUUAAGUAAAGCAGGUACAAUUGUAAUGAGGAUAAAUGCAACAGAUGCAGAUGAACCAAAUAAUCUAAAUUCCAAAAUUGCUUUCAGAAUCGUUUCCCAAAAUCCUAGUUCUGCGUUCCAUAUAAGUAAGGAUACUGGUGAAGUUCAAGUAGCAGCAAUAAACCUUGACAGAGAGACACACAGUAGCUAUUCUUUGACGGUAGAAGCAAAAGACAGAGGUGGUGAAUCAGGUGGGAAUACUGCAAAAUGUUCUUUAGAAAUCAAGAUUUUAGAUGUCAAUGACAAUUUUCCUGUUGUGGAAAGCAGUAUGCUUGAAGGAAGCAUUGAAGAAAAUAGAGCAAAUGUGGAAAUUAUGCGAAUAAAAGUAUUUGACAAAGAUGAAGAGUUUUCCGAUAACUGGCUGGCAAAAUUUACAUUUGCUUCUGGUAAUGAAGGUGGCUAUUUUCAUAUAGAGACAGAUACCCAAACAAAUGAAGGGAUUUUGACUCUUGUGAAGGAACUAAAUUAUGAAGAAAUGCAAAGUCUAAACUUGGGCAUUGUUGUUACAAAUAAAGCAGAAUUCCAUGAGUCCAUUAGAAAGAGCUAUAAAGCACAAGCAAUUCCAAUCAAAAUUAAUGUGAUUAAUGUCCAAGAAGGCCCUAAAUUCCCAGCUGGCAUAAAAAUUAUUGAAGCGAGUGAGACCAUGCGGAAAAACCAGAUUAUUGGACAAUAUCAAGCCUAUGAUGAAGACACUGGAAAAGUAGCAGAGCGUAUUAUGUACAUCAAAGGAAGAGAUUCUGCAAACUGGAUUACAAUAGACGCAGUUACAGGUGAAAUCAAACUUGCAAAAGACCUUGAUUAUGAAUCGGCUCAUGUAGUAAAUGGCACCUACACUAUCACCGUGUUGGGCGUAACUAAAGAUUUCCCAAAGAAAACAGUCACCGGCACAAUCCUUAUUCAAGUUGAGGAUGUGAAUGAUAACUGUCCGGUUAUUGUGGACCCUGUACGGACUGUGUGUUCAGAUACAAAAUUAAUUGAUGUUACAGCUGUUGAUUUGGAUAGUUACCCAAACAGUGCUCCCUUCAGCUUUACUCUCCUUGAGCCAGAGGGGACAACAAAAAAUUGGAUGAUUGGAUCCAGAAAUGACACUAGCAUACAGCUGAUCCCACAGAACCUAAAAGUUGGUAAAACUGAAGUUCCAAUCUUAAUACAAGAUUACCAAGGGUUCAGCUGUACCCAGAAACAGUCUCUGCAGUUGACUGUUUGUACGUGUCCACGUGACAGCUCUAUACCCACAUGCGCCGAAAGUCAGUCAGCAGGUCUGGGACCUGGAGCAGUUGCACUAAUCAUCUUGGCAUUUUUACUUUUGCUGCUUAUUCCACUAUUAUUGCUGUUGUGUCCAUGUCGAUCGAGAGCUAAGGGAUUUGCUGCAAUACCAGACUACAGUGAGGAGAUGUUACGUAAAUGGAACAGUGAGGGAGCAGCUCCCGAAGAGAAGCCAGUGCUAAACCUCAUCGCAUCCACUGCAGCGGGGAAGUCAAGAGAAGCAGACAGCAGAGCAGGAGCAAUGAGUGCAGAGGAAGCUGCAGCAGGAGGCAGCAAUUCUGCAUCUAAUGUAAGAGAGCAUUACAACACUGUGACCAGGACCAGUGAAAGAUGGGAAGAGCAAAAGCCUCUCUUUUCUGGUGCUGAUUAUGGAGCCAUGGCAGCUGGAGGGGCUGAAGGUGUGACAGCUGGAGAAGGCAAGACACUGGUGGCCGGAGGAGGUGUGAUGGUGGGAGCUGGAGGAGCCAUGAAUGAAGAAUUUCUAAGAGACUACUUUAGUGAUAAAGCUGUCUCUUUCGCGGAUGAAGAUGAAGCCCAAGCUGCAAAGGAUUGUCUCCUGGUUUAUUCUCAGGGAGAGUCAAGCUCUCCCCAUGGGUCCGUCGGCUGCUGCAGCUUUAUUGAGAGUGAUCUUGAUGACCGUUUCCUUGAUGAUUUAGGAGAUAAAUUUAAGACUCUAGCAGAAAUAUGCAUGGGUAGGCAUAUAGACAUGAAAGACAGUAACUCCAGAAGUGAAUCCGGUUUCAGUCAUAAUGAUGCAAAGCCGCGGUUCUUGGAUAAGCCAGGUACUUUCAUUUCCGAACAAGCCUCUGCCUCAGGCAGCUGCUCGCAGCCAGCCCUGGCAGCGCUCAGGGAUAAUGCUGUAGGAACAAACACUGUGUCUCAGGAGGUGGUCACGGAAACCACCUUUGUGUCAAGGUCUGGGCAGCAUGAGGCCAGGCCUGUUGCCAAACCGUACUCUGACAGCAAUGUUACUGUGACAGAAACGUCCUAUUCUGUGGACCCCCCUGCCGCUGUUUUUGUAGAUCCCCAGUUUAAGGAGAACGUAGUGGUGACAGAGAGAGUGUUUGCACCUGCUUCAGGCUUGCAGGACAUGGUGGAAAUUCCCGAUUUGCCAAGUGGAAAUAAUGUGGUGGUUACAGAAAGGAUGAUUAAAGCAGAGGGCACCAGGCCAGGGGUCUUAACAGCCCAAGAUCUCCCAGACUCGCAGUACGUUGUCGUGAGAGAGCGGGAGAGGGUGCUUGUGCCCACUUCCAAUCAGGGCUCACUGAGCUUCCCCCGUUUAUCUGAAGGGCAGAACAUGGUGGUGACUGAGCGGGUAGUCACACCAGCCCAGAUCUCGGGGAUGCAAAGCAGAAGCGAGCAGACAGCAGAUGCUGGACCUGGAAGGCAAGAGCAGGUAUUAAUCACAGACUCCCUGCUCAACCAGCCAGGCCCAGCCUCAGAGGGGACUCUUGCUGGGUCCACUCUGAGCAAGUCUUCGCGAGUCACAAAAUACAACACUGUACAGUACAGUCGCUCAUAAACGGGGCCUCUCCCAGGCGGCUGUGUUUGGCUUCCUUUAUUUCAGUACACACUUUGCUUUUGAGCUCUUUCUUGAGCUCUGUACUUUUUUGAAGCUUUAAAAAUGGCACGGACUGUCUUGUGGUAGUUUCUAUAAAUAAGGAUUAUGACCAAGAGGCUAAAAAAGAAAUCUGAUGUUGUUAUGUAACACUUGGGAUGGUGCUUUCAAAGUGGAAAGGUGCACGAAAUAUUUUUUCCUUGUUUGUUAGGUUUGUAAUUGCUUUUAUUAUUCAGUUAGCAUAAUAACACAUAACUACAGCUGUGUAAUCAUGGAAAAGCAGAAAAAAAUCUAAAACUCGUGACAGAUAGUAGGGUACAAAGCAGAAGGUAAGUUUCUGAACUGUGGCUUAGUCUGCCUGAUAAGGUCUCCCCAAAAGAGGCAUCAGUUUCUCAUUGGGUGAUUUCCCAUUUUUUCCCUUGUGGGCCAGGGCAGCUCCACCCUGCAGCUGCAGCUCCAUAGCUCCAGGCUUUAGUGAAUUUACAAUGAAGUCUCUCCUUCCUGAGAAGGCCGCUCCCCAAAGUUCUUGUGUCCUUAGGGCAGCAGUGUGCCCCUCUCCUGGCGGGAUGGCACAACUUCAGGUUGUCAGCAUUUGUGUCUUCUGAGUCAUCAACUGCAUGCUGGCACAUGGGUGAGUAGCACCCACUCGUAGAGAGCGAGUAGCAAAAAUGCAGAGAACUUAAAUUGUUCACUGCCUCCUGAGAUAAAAAUUUCUUUGUUUGGCCUAGGUCUAGACUGACAGAAUAUAGAAAAAUAAGCAUUUGUAUCAUACAGGUUUUAGCUCACUGCUAAUUCAUCAUUUAAUAAUGCAUGAGAAACAGCCAAAACUUACUUUAGCGUUAGAACCAGGGGUUCGGUGGCUUCUGUUAGCAAAGUUUAUGGUCCUUAGAUGUCUAUUGGGUCUGAUUUACAAGGGCAGUUAAGUGAUUUUAUUUACAUCUGUGAACUGUCAAGCACAGAAAUGACAGUGCAGCCUAACACGCAUUUUUGAAGCUCUGCUGACUCCAUUAUCAGAAGUCCUGUGGCCUGUCUAGCGUUGUGUAAUGGUAGCCUCUAUUAGCUCUGACAAGAAAAUAGAAAUCUCACUAUAGUUCUGCAACAACUUAGAAUUUUUUUUUUCCUUGAAACUUAUGUGGUAAAAGGGGAAAAGAGUACUGUAAUAUUUGGCACUAUGUAUAUAUGCACAUGUAAAUAUUUAUUUUUAUGCAGUUGAAACAUUUAAAGUGAGUUUUUUAUAAAAAUAUAUAUAAAAAUCACUGUAAUACACUCCUCAUGGUUUGUCAGAGUAGAAAGAAGUUUUUUAGAUUAUGUAUUAGCACUGUAAAUGUUGACCUCUCAUACUUGUAAUAGCAUUACCAUGACUAGCUUACUGAUAAGCCCGUCCACAUGCAGGGCUUCCCGGUUGUCUCCAUUUCUACUGGACUUUUCAUCAGCUGCAGUGUUAUGUUUUCCAUUGAUAAUGUUUUGCAUCUGACUAGAAAUGCUUUCAGUGCAUUUUAUUUGAGGGAUAAAAAGAAAAAAAGUUGAUUCAUAAACAUAAGUGAGAACUAUGGCUAUGUUCAGAUGUAUGUAGGAGGCAUGGGCUGUUAUUUUAAGUGGAAGAGUACUUCCAAGCAAAUCAAACAACUUGCUCGCUUGGUCCUGAUGUUUUUAUCUCAAAUUCUGUUUUUAAAGUAUAUGCAUUUACUUUUUAAGAAUCAUGCAGUUUUAUGUGGUGAACACUUUUUUUUCCUGCAGUUAGAGUGAACUUUAUAAUGCAUUUCUGGCUUUUUAAUUGAUUAUUUCUGUAUUUUUAUGCAAUCUUAAAAAAAAAAAAAAAA